GCUGACACGUAUACGCUGCCGGACUGUGAAAUGAAGAGGCGUCAUUUCAUAUGACGCACUUGAGGAAGAUUUUGAAGGAGAUUUGCAUGCGACCACCACUGGCAGGCACGCAUUGUUCACAGUGUCUCCGAUUCUCAGCCGGUGGAGCGCAAGUGUAAACACUGACGAUCGGAAAUCAUAUCGGAAGACCUGAGAUUGUGUGCAUCGCAUUAACACAGCAGAAAAUGACAAGUGUGUUGAAAAGCUGUCUAGCAGUGUCCAUACUCUCCGCGGUGUUUUCGUAUGGAAGCUGCUGUGUUAUCAACGGUGUUUACUUGCCGUGGUAUGCGUGUGGACGUCCAGCUGGGCAGAUUGGCUCAUACUCACCCGGGAGCGCGUAUUCGGGCUACAAUGGACGAUAUCUAACGAACGCGAACACCGGAAGAGCCAUCGACGGCCGCUACAUACAACAGUCGCUCUACGACACCCCCCUCUACCGGUCGUCGCCCCGCGUGCAGAUUGCAGCGCCCCCUGUCGUCGCCGGGACGCCGAGUCCGUGGUCGCCUCUCGCGGUGCGCGCGGGCCUGGCGAGCGUUGGCCGCCCUCCUUUUCCCACCGCCGAGAAGCUGGUGCUGGAGGCGGAUGGGGCGGAGGAGAAGAAGGAGGAUGCGGAAACGACCACCGUCAGUCAGGCGCGACUCGUCAAUUACUUUGUAUGCGUCUCGCGGACCGACAGGGUGUCGUGCGCGACCACAUUCGACGAGAUCAACCUCGGAUGAGGCGCGACCGCCUGGCGGCGGCGGGGCGGAAUGUUAGCGCCGCGCACCCGUUCCUCUAGACGCAGUGUUUCUUAACCUGUGGUCCAUGCCGUGGAUGGUCUACAGGGCUUCCGUGAACACAGUUGUAUGCAACAUUUUGUGUUUACGUGUUUAUGUGCAUUUUUCUGUGGAGGGGUCUGUAGCUUUCACCAGAUUCUCUAAGGGGUCCAUGACUGAACAAAAGAACCACUGCUCUAGAUGCCGUGUCGCGCAUUUUAACGUGCUCGCCUUUUCCGCACGCGAUUUAGGAGGCGAAAAUUUAUUUCAAUUUACUUUUCAACGCCUGAAGGAAGGUUUAAUUCACAGUUGGCCGGCUGUGACUAGAAGUGUAAUUAGGAAUGCUUGCGUUGAGUACAACUCACAGCUCGUGUGCGGUAGGCAGUUUAGUGACCUGUUAAAUAUUUAUUCCUAUACUGACAACUAUGUGAUAAGAGAAUAAAAUGUGAUAAUUAAGAGAUGGCUGCUUGUUGA